AUGACGAGCAGUUCACCCACAUCUUCGUCGUCGAAAGUCCUGAAGAGAAAGAAAUCGUCGUUAAGUGAACUCAAGAUUACAAUACUUGGCGACAGAAAUGUCGGCAAAAGUGCACUGGUAGUCCGUUAUCUGACCCGACGCUAUAUUAUGGAGUACGAGCACAACAUAGACAACCGACACAAAUAUGAAAUACUGAUUGACGGCGAGCCCAUCAUAUUCGACAUAUUAGACUCAUCGUCGCCGUCCAGCCUAUGCAUCGACAACAUUGACAUAUCAUCGCAAACCUGUGACCUACUGGUGCUGAUGUACUCCAUAACCGAUCGACAGAGUUUCAUCUACGCCAAGGAUCUACUCAAACAUUUUGCACAACAAAAGAGUAGUACCGGAACAUCCAUACCAUUGAUCGCAAUUGUUGGCAAUAAGAGUGAUUUGGUUCACUUAAGACAGGUCAGCGUUGAAGAAGGAGAGAUACUAUGCACUGAAUACAGUGAGCUAACGGCCCUCUAUUACGGUGAAGUCAGUGUUGCCGACCAACUGGUCCACCAGUUAUUCAUCGAUCUGUUCCGUUGGGUUAAGAAGAACAAAGUGGUACACAAAUCGUUAACGCCUUCCCUUUUAGACAGAGUUGUUAUUGGCAUCAAAGGCUCAACCGGUAAUGGAUCGGCCAUUGGAUGA